AUGAAAGAGCUGUCUCGUUUACAGGACAACAUCGAGACCUUCUCCAACGACGAGGCUAAGGCUGUGAUUGAGCAGGAGCUCGGAAAGCCAGUGUCAGAGCUCUUCGCCUCCUUCAGCGAAGAGCCCAUCGCAGCAGCCUCCCUGGCACAGGUCUAUCGUGCCACCCUCCACACCGGUGAGGAAGUGGCAGUGAAAGUCCAGAGGCCAGGGGCGUUGAGCACAAUUUCCAAGGAUCUCUACGUUCUUCGCCGCCUGGCUGACGUCAUGCAGCCGCUCAUCAGGCGGUUCACCGCGGAUGAGACUGAUUACAUUGCUCUGACGGAAACCUUCGCCGAGGGUCUUUACACGGAGCUGGACUUCAGGAAUGAGGCGCUGAACGCACUGCGCAUGGAAGAGCUUCUGCGAGAGAGCCUGCAGCCUGAGGCUUUGGAAAGGAUUGUCAUCCCGACCCCGCUCAUGUCGCUGACCAAGCGUCGCGUGAUGCUUUCGCAGUGGGUGAAUGGCGUGAAGUUGAGCACGCUGCCUGCUCAGGAGAUCCGGGAGCUCAUAUCUAUCGGCCAGGAAGUCUUCCUCACACAGCUCCUGGACAUCGGCUUUUUCCAUGGCGACCCGCAUCCCGGGAACUUGCUGAAGAUCACAGAAGACGCUGGCAAGCUUUGCCUGCUGGACUUCGGUCUGGUUGCGCAGGUCCCCAAGGAGGACAGGGAGCUCAUUAUUUCGGCUGUGGUCCACCUCGGCACACAGAACUGGGAGGCCCUGAUUGCCGACUUCCAGCAGCUCCGCUUCCUUGCUCCAGACGUCGACCAGGCUGCUCUGGUUCCGAUCCUCCAGCGGGUCCUGGGUCCCUAUCUCCGGGGCGGCGGUGCCCAGGCCUUCAAGAACGCCAACUUCCAGGCGCUGACGCAGGAUCUGUUGAAGGUGAAUCUGGAGGUGAAGUUCUCGAUCCCACCCUACGUGUCGCUGUUGGCGCGAUCAGUGGCCACGCUCGAGGGUGUCGCGCUGCAGGGCGACCCUCAGUACCAGAUUGUGGCUAUGGCCUACCCCUUCGUGGUGCGUCGCUUACUGCAAAACUCGAACCGCAGGUCUUUCGCGGCCUUGCGCGAGCUCCUCUACGACCCUCAGACGCGGCGCAUGCGGCCACAGCGUUUGGCUACCCUGCUGCAGGCCUCCCUGGGUGUUGUGGCAGGUGCCAGCGAGGGCACCAGGAGUGGCUUCAUUGACUUCGACGCCGUGCCCGAGGAGGGCGCACCUGUAAAAGAUGUGGUUCGCUUCCUACUGUCCCCGGCGGCCAGCAACUUGCGGCCCCUCCUCAAUGCAGAGCUCGCCUACGGCCUGGACUUGACGCUCCGCCGCACGGGGCGCCGCCUUCGGACCACGCUGCAGGACCUGUUGCAGCCAAGGCUGCCUCUGUUGGGUCGCCUGCCCACGCUCCCGGCUCCUCCGCUCCUAGUGCCAGUGCCACGCAACGUAGAGGGGGCGGGCGCAGAGCUCUUCGACAAGGGCCUUGCAGUGUUGCCGGCGGAGGACAUCUUUGAGGCGGUGCUGCCAGCAUUGGGUACUGCAGAGGAUGUGGACUUCGGGACUUUCCGUGAUGCCUUCCAGGGCCUGGGCAUCGACAUCGGCGACAUCGAGGACCUGGUGCCUGGGGUGCUUCGGGCUGCCAUGCGCGCCGUCCUGGGCAACGGCGAGGGUGCCGAGCUAGCAGAGGCCAAGCCUUUCUACAACAAAUAUUUAUGUACAUAUAGAUAUAAACGCAUAUAUAUAUAUAUAUAUAUUGGGGUUAUAUAG